AUGAAGAACCUGGAGCGCGAACUGAUGUGCCCGGUGUGCGAGGAGCUCUUCACGCACCCCAUCAUCCUGCCGUGCCAGCACAGCUGGUCCUCCUCCUCCUCCACCACCUCGCCGUGGGUCCCGCCGGCGCCGCACGAGGCCUCCACCGAGCCGGCGUCCCCCAGCGCGUCGCCCGUGCCGAGCCCGCGCCGCCGCAGCCUCCGCGGCGGGGGCUCCCCCAGCGUCGAGCGGCUGGAGAAGGUGCUACGUGCCGCGGUUUUGUUGAGAAAACUGACUCCGAAGAAAUCAGAAUCCCUUGUGAACCUGACGGCUGCCCCGCUGCGCCCCGCCCGCCCGGGCCCCCGCGGGGGCUGCUCGUUCCCGUGCCCAGCCUGCGACUGCGACGUCGACCUGGGGCCCAAAGGGAUCGCCGGCCUCUUCCGCAACUUCACGCUGGAGACCAUCGUGGAGCGAUUCCGACAGGCGGCCAGGGCCGCGACGGCCGUGAUGUGCGACCUGUGCUACCCUCCGCCGACCGAGGCCACCAAGAGCUGCCUGGACUGCCGCAAGAGCUACUGCAACGAGUGCUUCAAGGUGCACCACCCGUGGAACACGCCCAAGGCCACGCACGAGUACAUCGGCCCCACCAAAAACUUCCGGCCCAAGGUGCUGAUGUGCCCGGAGCACGAGGCAGAGAAGGUGAACAUGUACUGCGAGGUUUGCCGCCGCCCCGUGUGCCACCUGUGCAAGCUCGCCGGCAUUCACGCGAACCACAAGGUCACCAACAUCAACAGCGCCUACAAGGCGCUCAAGGAGAAAUUGGCCAAGAGCAUCAACCUGCUGGUGAGCAAGGAGGACCAGGUGAAGGAGCAGCUGGGAGUCAUCGAGACUCUGAUCAAGGACACGGAGACGGGCGGCGAUCUCGCGGCGCGCAGCGUCACGGAGGCCUUCGGGGGCCUGGAGGAGGCGGUGAGGGCGCGGCGCGCGGCCAUGUCGCACCGCCUGGAGGGCUGCCGCGACGACGUCGCGUGCCGGCUGCAUGCGCAGCACUCCGAGUGCGAGCAGCUGCUGCAGAGCUCGGGGCUCGUGGGCCUCGCCCGCGAGUUCCUCAAGGAGAGCGACCCCUCCUGCUUCAUGCAGACCGCCAAGCUGCUGCACAGCAGGAUCAUGAGGGCGACGGAUCGCUUCAAGUCGUUUGAGGCGGAUGUGGUGGACGCGUCAUUCUCGGGGUUCACGGUGAACGUGGCUCGGGAACAAGCCUUGCUGGGCUCCCUCGACUUCCUCAAGGCCCCGGAGACGCCGGUGCUGGACCCGAGCCGCAGCGCCAUUUACAAGGACGCCCAGGUGAGCUGGUCUCUCCCCGAGGGCUCCGCUCCUGCCGAUCGGUUCCAGCUCGAGUUCCGGCCCCCUCCGCGGCGCCGCCCGUCGCCCGUCCCGGACCGCGGCACCCCGGAUCCGGCUAGCGGAGAUGACGUCGACGACCCGGAGUGGAGCCGCGUGGACGGGAUCCGGAGCACGAGCCACGUGGUGACGGGAGUCCAGCCCGGCGUGGACCUCACGGUCCGAGUCCGGGCCGUCAACGCAGCCGGAGCGAGCGCGUUCAGCGCGGAGAUGACGAUGGCGGCGCCGCCGGCGCAAGUCUUCAGCUUCCUGCUGGACGACGACUGCGGCUACGAGCGCGAGCGGCUCGUCCUCUCCCCGCGCCGCGCCAGCGUCGACAGCGUCGUCGGGCUGCCCGCUCUGCUCGCGUCCGAGGGGCUUGCCGGGGGCAGCGCCGGCAGCAGUAGCGCCGGCGACAACGACGACCCGCACCGCUGCCACGGGGACGGCGUCAACGGCGCCGCCGGCACCGCCGGCCCGCUGGCGCCGCUGUCGUUCAUCGCCGGGGACGCGGCCGUGAGAGGCGGGCGCCACUUCUGGGUGGUGCGCGUGCGGCCUAGCAGCUUCCUGGUGCGCGUCGGGGUGGCGGCGCCGGAGGCUCUGCGGUGCUGGUUGCGUCGUGCCGUCACCGGCGGCGGCAAAGGCAGCGCCGGCGGCAAGGACGCGGCCGCGCGGGGGAAGGGCGUUCGGCACAAGCCGGACAGCCCCUCCUCGGCCGCCCCCUCGGCCGCCCCCUCGGCCGCCCCCUCCUGCGCCUUCGUCUCCGUGGGCAUGGGUCAGGUGGUGGCCCCCAGCUGGGCCCAGCUGCCCGCGCCCCCCCCCUCCUCUCCCGCCAAGGGCACGACCCGGGCGGCACCGCAGGCGCCGGCGUCGGCGUCGCCGCAGCACCGCCAGCAGCAGCAGCAGCCGCAGCAGCAGCCGGCGCCACGCGCCACCUCCGCCCGCUCCCAGCGAGCCGCGAAGCCCCUCGUUCGUUCCGCCUCCGCGCCCAAGUCGGCGCCGGGGACGCCGCGACGCGCCGCGGCCUCCGGGGGGCGGAACGCGCGCGUGUCGGCGCUGCCGGCGCGCCUCGGCGUGUGCCUGGACCACGGCGCCGGGACGGUGGCGUUCUACGACGCCGACGGCGGCGGCGCGACCCGGCUCUGCGAGAUGCCGGUCGACUGCUCGGGCCCCGUGUUCCCCGUGUUCGCGUUUCUGGGCGGCGGCGGGCUGGAGCUGGAAGUGGCCGACGGUGGGGUCUGCGCCGACGGUACCGGUGGAGCCGGCGGCGGCGGCAAGAGGGGAGCCGCGCCGCCGCUGUCGGCACAGCCCGGCGUGAACGGUGUCUGACUGCAGCCGCGCGGGAAAUUAAUUUUGGGCCUGUUAAAAAAAAAAAACAUCUGUGGGUCUCAUGUAAGUCUAUGAGUGUCUAUAUGAGGCUGUGGGUCUCUAUGUGAGUCUAUGGAUCUCCAUGUGAGUCUAUGGGUCUUUAUGUGAGUCUGUGGGUCGUUAUGUUAGUCUGUGGGUCUCUAUGUGAGACUGUGGGUCUCGGUGCAUCUGUGGGUCUCCGUGUGAGUCUGUGGGUCUCUGUGUGAGUCUGUGGGUCUCUGUGUGAGUCUGUGGGUCUCUAUGUGAUUAUCUUGGUCUCCACGUGAGUCUGUGGGUCUCCGUGUGAGCCUGGGGCUUGCGUGGGUGAGAGACGGGUGUGUCUUGUUGUGGUCGUUAUUAUUAUUUUUGUUUAGUUUGCUUAUUUUUUCUGAUCGAACAAAGCCCUCGCUCUGAAUCGGGGCCUUUGCUUGAAACAUCAGCCGAGUGGAGGGAAUAUUUUUUUUACUUUCUCUAAGUUGGUGGAAAUGGCGAACGCGGUGAGUGAUGGGUGGUCCACCGCCACCGCCGAAGGGCUGCUAAAAAAACGACCUUUUCGCCCUGCGAGAAAUCCCCACCACCUUAAUUUCAUCUCGUAACUUUUUUUUGUCUCUCUCUCUCUCUCCCCUCCCACGUGUUAUGUCCGUCGACGCCGGCGCGCUCGGCGAAUCACAAAAAAACGGCACCCUCGUCGUAUCUCUCGGUGCAGCCGAUUUCGGUUGAAAGCAGGCGACGCGGCCGGCCCGUCUUCGCGACGCUGCCGCGGCGAUAUGCCCGUAUCCGUGGCGACAGUCGGUGCCCGCUUGUGCCGGGAGUGGGGUGGUGGGGGAGGUUUGCCACCCCCGGAGUGACGACCAACGCCAAACUCCGGAAGGAUCGACCUCAAACCCGUGCCUCGUCCAGCUCGCGGAAGCGAAAACCCAGGUCGAGAGCGGCCGAGCGGAGCUAUGCAAGACGCGCAAAUCGAAAGCGCUCGCGGCGUCAACGUGCCAAGCCAUCAGCCGAGACUCCGAAGUUGCGUCGAACAGUGCUAACCGUAUAUCACUGAGCAUCAGGUAGCCGCGCCUCUUGCCGUGUUCUCGUGCCCCCGCGUUCUAAUGCCCCCCCCCCAAAAUUACUUUAUUACGAGAUUUUUCCCUUGAGGUGUUUCGUUGUGUGGUCUCACAACAACACCCCCUACUACUACUGCUGCCUAAUAAUAGCAACAAUAAUGUGCAUGCAAAUGAACACGUAAUUACAGAGCGCAAAAGCAAUAUUCAGCUAAACUUUAAAGAUUGCACUGCGAAAAAAAGGAAAGGCACUAACAAUAUUGCUGCUGCUGAUGCUGCUGCUGACGCUACUACUACGGGUCGGGAUUUGGGGGCACGUGUCUUUAUCUCGUGUCUUUGUCCUCGUGUUUAACACCGUGUCUAACACCGUGUCUAACACCGUGUCUGAGCUCAUAUACGAAUGUGUGUCGGUGCGCGCGAGAUCAAUCAGCUCAGUAGUGGCGGAGGGGGGGAGGUGGUGGCGCAGUGGUUAGCACGCUGCGCUACGAAGCCAGCAACCAGAGUUCGAUUCCCGCUCACGACCAAUAACAGCGGCGAUUCAUUGGAACCGCUCCUGGGUCUCCCCGAAGUGAUCACCUGCUGCGGUGUGCAAACAUCAGCACUGGGGAGACAAAGGCGGCCGUGCAUGAUGCUGGCCACCCACCCACUCCCUUGUCGCGCUCUGUCGGCCUUCGUAGGUGCUACUCGCUAAUAGCACUUUGCCCCAACGGUCCUUGCAAAGGCUCUACGGGGGAUCUUUGUGUGUGUGUGUUUGCGUAAUAGUUGAACGGCAUAAAGGAAACCAGGCGCUGUGUGGUGCCUUUUUGUCUGAAGUGCGGGAACUCUCGUCCCUAGCGACCACCCCCCCCCCCCUGCUCUCGGU